AUUGGCCAUCUGUAUAGUAAUAUAGCACAUCUGUAUAUUUGUUCAUACUACAUCUGUUUAUACUAUGCCAAUUAUUCCCACCUCUUUAUACUGCCCUUAUCUUUACAUAAUCACUCUUAACUGCAUACUGUACAUACUCUAUAUAUCGCACUUGUUUCUCUUUGCACUUCUAUCUAUCUAUCUAUCUAUAAUGUUGUUUUUGUUGUUUUCAUUUAUGUAAAUACACUCGUUUGAUACCUUAGUACAUGUAUGCAUGCUUUUUUUUUUUAUUAUACAUUUUGGAGUUAUAGCCCCCCCUGGAGAAAACUCCACCAGCCGCCACUGUGUGUGCCAUAAGUGUUUAUAUUGAGUGCAGUCCUUCAUUCUGCAGGAUAUAUGAGGUGUUUUGUGGUUUUGUGAAUGGUGUUAAGUGCUAUGGGAAAAUGCAAUUGAAACUGUAAAUCAUAAAGCAACGUGACACUGGGUGCUUCUGCAGCUGCGGGGAGGGGGCAGGGGCUGUAGUAACGACGGAGAACGAAAGGGAAGUAAAAGAAUAAGUCAGUGUGAUAUUAUUCUCAGUGUCAGUGUGAGUCCCACAUUUAUCAGAGAUGGAGAAGUUUAAGACAGCAGUGAACAUUGCCCAAAAACAGAUGAGCAUGGGGUUUGGGCUGGUGGCCCUGACAGCGGGGGGGGAGCAGAUCUUCUCUGCGGUGGUCUUCAGCUGUCCCUGCAACAAACUCAACUUCCUCUACGGCUUAGUGUUCCUGCUGGUGCCCGCUCUGGCUCUGCUGCUGCUGGGGUUCAUUCUCAGUGAGAGAACGUGGAAGGUGCUGACAGGCAUGUGCCGGGAGCCGCGCUGCUGGAGGAGGCUGUUCACCGCUGGCUCGGUCCUCUGCCGGGUCAGCAGUAUCGCACUGCUGGCCCCCUGCAGCUGGAUAGCAAUGGCUCUGCUCAACGGGAAGUACUAUGAGUGUGCGAUGAGCGGGACCAAUAUAAGCGCUUACAACAGGCACCUGUGUGGAGACAAGAGCUUCGACCAGUGUCAGCAGGAGUUGCACAGUUUUCCCUGCCUGGGGCCGAAGGGGGACCCGCAGCAGGUCGUGAUCACCCUCAGAGCUGAUUCCCAGAUUCUGGGAUGGCUGCUCAUCGCCUCUGUCAUGUUGUUCAACCUGCUAAUGAUCUGCGUGGCUCGGUGCGCCUCCCCGAUCAGCUACCUGCAGCUCAAGUUCUGGAGAACAUAUGUUCAAGAGGAGAGCAACCUGAUGGAUUCAUACAGCUCUAAACACGCCAAAGAGCUCGCUGGGAGGAACAUGAAGAGCUUCUUCGACCAGCAACCGGCUGAAAACAUGAGCACACCAUCCAACAGGUCCUGGGAGAAGAUCUCCUCGCUUUACAAGUUCAGCAUCAAAGACCAUUACUACAGCACCCUGCACCGCUAUGUGGAGAACCAUGGUGAGAAUGACAAUGACAUGAUGAGGAUGGCUUCGAUCAAGUCCAGCGGGAGUUAUCACAACCCAGCUGUUCUAGAUUUCGUUGACGAUGCCAGGAUGGCGCUCUGACAAACGUUUUUAGCACCAAAGCCCGGUCGGCAGGGUUAUACCAGCUGAUAGAUCCUGCUGACCAUGAUGUCAGUGAACUGCUUAUAGUUUAUAGUGCCAAACAAUAUGCUCUAAGAGGAGAAUCCAUUCGCUUAAAUAGUAAAGAUUUGCAUAGAAAAUGCAGAAAACCAUUUAUUUUUAUAUACCUAACAUAACGUGGACAAUAUGUGAGAUGAACCCUGUCAUAGUCAUCAUCAUUACCACCACCACCACAUCAUCAUCAUCAUCAUCAUCAUCAUCAUCAUCAUCAUCAUCAGGGAACGUGAAUGUUUAAUCCACAUUAACAAAAACUCAAAUUGUUGAGAAAGAUAAGGACACCUGGUUUUAAAACAAACUAAACAAAAGAGUAUACUGUAGAUGUAGAAAUAUAGAUAUAGGAGGACACCAAUGAAACAUGAACAACAGCACAGUCAGGGAGAGUGUAAAGCAAGAGAUUUGUGUUACCUUUAUAAAACAGGAAAUAUGUGUCAACCUCACGAGUGGACCACUUCCUGUUCGUAGCUUGCAGAAUGAGCACAUGGCAGGGAAGUAUAAUGUGCAUCUACCAAUCGCUUGUCGGUAAUGUAAUCUUUAACGUAUUCCGUUACAUUACCCAAUCUGAGUAACGUAUUCUAAAUACUUGGAUUACUUCCUCAUUGAAUUGCAUGUUAUAAGUGUAACAAUGCGGCCAUCAAAUCCUGCUUAAUAAACAGGCCUAUUCUGGUGUGUUCUUCUGUUCCAA